GUAUCAGUAUAUUUAAAAUACAUUUUUGACAAACAAGUUCAUAACAUUAAAAAAUGCUCUUCAAAUUCAUAUUUGGACUGCUUUUGGUUUUGAUAAAUUAUGUCAAAGGGGUCCCUUUAAACCAGCAAACCGAUAGCAUCCAAGGACUCGUGACGCCCCACAUAGUUGGGGGCAUCAAUGCCGACGAAGAGACCGCUCCCUAUGCAGCCGCACUGGUGGCUGGUGAGGAUAUCACCAUCCUGUUCUGUGGAGGUUCCAUAGUGCGCCCGAACCUGAUAUUGACUGCUGCACAUUGCAUCACUGUCUUCGUGCUUAAGAAUGGUGGAUUACACGAAACAUUCCACGGAAUCGUAGGGUCCAAGAGAUGGAACCGGGGAGGUACGGAGGUACAGUUCAAGGACCACCACAUUCACCCCCACUGGGACUCGUCCAUCAACAAGAAUGAUAUUGGCUUCCUCUCCCUUACUGAACCCUUGACCUUGGGGAGGAAUAUCAAGGUUGUAGCUCUGGACUUCUACUGGGUUGAUGGGGAUGAACCUAGCUUAGUCACCGGGUGGGGAAGGAUUUCGAACUGGGGUAUGUCUCCAUUCCACCUGCAGACCUUGGACGUGAGUACAGUGACCCCGCGGCAGUGCGUGGACCAGGUGAAGGUGGCCGCCAACCUUUGGGGCUGGACCUCUUCACACGUCGACCCCAGCAUCGAGAUCUGCACAUUCCAUUCUCUCGGCAAAGGACUGUGUCAUGGUGAUUCAGGCAGUCCAUUAAUAUCGAAGAAGUCGGGCAAACAGAUUGGCAUCGCUUCCUGGGCCUUCACUUGUGCCCAAGGCUACCCAGACAUGUACGCCAGAAUCAGUGGAUUUAAAACCUAUAUACGCGAAAUUAUGAGCAUGUACGAAUGAAUAGAAAUACCUAAUUAAAAAAUGUUAAAUAAGGUAUACGUAUAUUGGCAACUCAACUCAUCUUUAGAUAUUGUUUACAGCUUUCAUUUGUGUGUCCCUGGAUACUGUCACACAAAUUAAAGCUUUAAUAAAUAAGUGUCAAUUGCACGCCUGAAACGCCACGCGCACACAUAAAUUGAUAUAUCUAUGUUUAUUGUGCCGGCGACUGCUUCAAUGGUAAUAUUUUGACAUUUAAAGCAUUCUUACUUUGUUAUUUUUUAGGUUUAUUUUCGUAAAUCCUAGCUAUCGCUGACAGUUUGACCAUUGUUUACUUGGUGGUAUUAAAUUAUUUAAUUGAUAAGAAUAAGAAUAAGAAUAAGAAUCUUUAUUUGCGUGAAACAUGGUUUACAAUAUUGGUGGUAAUAUUAAUAAAUGGUUCAGCACAUUCCGCCAUAACAUCGGCAUGCAAAUA